UCAUCACCCCCUGCUGGAGCACUCUGCUGCAUGUUCAGGUGUUACACUCACCUUCUGCUGGAGCACUCUGCUGCAUGUUCAGGUGUUACACUCACUGCUGGAGCACUCUGCUGCAUGUUCAGGUGUUACACUCACUGCUGGAGCACUCUGCUGCAUGUUCAGGUGUUACACUCACCUUCUGCUGGAGCACUCUGCUGCAUGUUCAUGUGUUACACUCACCUUCUGCUGGAGCACUCUGCUACAUGUUCAUGUGUUACACUCACUGCUGGAGCACUCUGCUGCAUGUUCAGGUGUUACACUCACUUUCUGCUGGAGCACUCUGCUACAUGUUCAGGUGUUACACUCACUGCUGGAGCACUCUGCUACAUGUUCAGGUGUUACACUCACUGCUGGAGCACUCUGCUACAUGUUCAGGUGUUACACUCACCUUCUGCUGGAGCACUCUGCUGCAUGUUCAGGUGUUACACUCACUGCUGGAGCACUCUGCUACAUGUUCAGGUGUUACACUCACCUUCUGCUGGAGCACUCUGCUACAUGUUCAUGUGUUACACUCACCUUCUGCUGGAGCACUCUGCUACAUGUUCAUGUGUUACACUCACUGCUGGAGCACUCUGCUACAUGUUCAGGUGUUACACUCACUGCUGGAGCACUCUGCUGCAUGUUCAGGUGUUACACUCACCUUCUGCUGGAGCACUCUGCUACAUGUUCAGGGGUCUCAUUUAUAAAACUGUGCGUGGGAUCUUUACUAAAAGUGUAGGUAUGCCCAAAAGCCAAGUUUUGCGUGCGCCAAAAAAUAUUCAGACUUAUAAAACCCUGCGUACGCACACCUCUAAGCAAUCUUUGCUUUAUAAAUCACUGAGUGCCUACAAGUGUGCGCAGCUGAAUCAGCUUCAUGUUCCGCCCUGUACACGCCCCUUUUUAACCAUAAAUGGUCAAUGCAAACGAUCUCAUGAAUGCGAUCUGCAUAUAAAAGAGACUCAGAUGCAAGUAUUAUGUCUUGUCUGAAACAAUGGCUGAAGGACUGAGAAAAUCAAAAAAGCGAAAUUUCACGGAGGUUGAAGUGGAGACACUUCAACCUCCGUUUUGUUCGGCGGUCACAGGAUUGGGAUCAUUAACAACAAAAAUCAGAGUGAGUAGCAACAUGUUGCUGCAGCAGUGAACUCUGUCAGUGGCACGGAGCGCACAGUCCCAGGAUUAAAAAAGAAGUGGUCUGAAAUAGGGCCCGACCGAUAUUGAUUUUUGAGUGCCGAUGCCGAUGCCGAUUAUUUUCAGAGAAAAAUUACGAUUACGAUUUAAUCGGCCGAUUAAAAAAAAAUAAUAAUAAUAAUAAUAUAUAUAAAACGUAGUUUUUGAUACCUUAAAUAUACUUUAAACACUUUUGACGAAUAUGUGAAUUGAAUGCAGAACCUUUGAGUGUUUUAGAAUACAUUUACAGUCAAAAAUGAGUGUAAUGUAAAAUGUAAAAUAAAUAACUAACUCCCAAUGUGCUGCGCUCGUGAGCAGUGACUAACACGUGCGUGCUGAGCAGUAUGGUCUCACCGUUGGAGUCUACAGUAUAACAAAUUAACAUGGCUGGGACCUAAAGAAAAACAGGCACAACAUGCUCAAACAACGCGUCUUGUGUACAUUGGUGAGGUGAGCGCGCAGCUGCCUGAGCGAGCGUGCUUUCAUGUUGUAUGGUAAAAUUCAAUCUCCUCUUUUUUACUCCAGCUAAAGUUGUUAGUUAGCAAGGCGAGUAGGAGCGCAAUCUGCAGGAUACUAAUCGCAAUAACAUAAAAAAAUAAAUAAAAAAAAAUCGGUUGUAAUCUGCGUCUUUUUGGCCGAUGCCGAUUAUUUUCAAAAAGGCUAUAAUCGGCCGAUUAAAUCGGCAGGCCGAUAAAUCGGUCGGGCCCUAGUCUGAAAUAAAGGUACAUAUUUUUAUGUACCAAUAAAUCGUCAUGGUUCCUGAAGACCCUCUCCCUCCGAAUCCUGCCAUUUGCAUGGUCCUCCAGCAGUGCCAGCAGUGCCAUGGUGCAGCAUGACGCACGGGGCUCACCGCUGUAGUUAUAGGGGUACGGUAAUAAGACUGACCGAGAACACCUUGGAUAAUCAGUUUGUAAUCACCCACGUGAAAUUUUCUUGAACAUAACCCCUUUUUAAUGCCUGAUUUGUCAUGAAAAGCAUCAAGGGGAACGGACAAUAAUAUAACGGUUGUGAUGAGGAGUGUGGCUUGGUUUUCCACACUUGGGAUUUAAUUGACAUUUGAUUAUGUGUUUACAGUGUCACAUAAAAAUCUUAUGUUAUUGACACAUGUUGGACAGAUGCUUUAUUCCAUGCAGUCGCGCCGUCAGUGGACAGUAUGGAGUGACGGGAUUAAAUAUAGAGAGUUUUCAUUUUGAAUUUUCAUUUAGAUUCUAAGGAGAUGUUUCUGGAGUUAUAACUGAGAAAUAACGCAGUUGACCUAAAUUAUUCUGAUUACAUAGAUUCAACGCAUGAUACGGGUUGAAAUUAAACUUAUGAAGGGCGAUGAUAAAACAUAAUCGUUCUUCUCACUCUACAUUUCUUCUGUCUGACUUCAGUUCACCACCACACCGUCUGUGUCGCCAAUUCUCCUUUUCCUCCAAACCAUGCGUACGCAUGGGUCAGAGUUUGCUUAGGGCUGCGCACAUUCUACCGUCAAGUUAGUUUUAUAGAUCACAACCUUGCCGUGGAAAGUCACGUACGCCACUUUCAGCCCCGUUUUGUUCGUACGCAACGGUUAUAAAUGAGACCCCUGGUGUUUCCUACAGGAAAGAGUCCUUUCGCUUUAUGUCACUAUUUAACCGUGGGAUGUUUAAACUAGAGGUUGAUGUGUUGAUGAUGUUUAUAACUUUGGUGAAAUCCUCCAGGUAGGAUGGACCGAUCAGCAAACCAGUUGGUUCAGUCCACUGGGGGAGCUGCUAGACCUUCUUAUCAAACACUGGAGUUGGCUUUUCUGCCACCCCUGGUGGUGGGAAGGGUGAUCUUGAUACAUUUUAGUAUUGUUAGGAGCAAUAUAUUUUCAACAUAAUUGAAUUGUUCUCCAAUUCUUUAUGCAGUUCUGGAAAUAUAACUUUAAAGCCAUAAGUUAGUUUUCAUUUGGAGUCAGGGUUUCAUUAGGGUAAUGUACGACAUGCAUGGCUUCUCUAACAUGAGGCUAUGAGGUUGGCUAAAACUGCUUUUACCACAGUUGGCAACAAUGAAUAGAUAUUAUUUGAUCUGUUAUGGUAAAGAUAAUGCUUCUUUGACCACUUCAUCAACUGGGGUUCUGGGGGGCUUUGAGACGUUUUUACUUAGUCAAGGAAUCCUCUCCUUGUAUUUCACCAUUGUUGUUUAUGGUGUAUUUGUAGUGCAUUGAUUGAAGUGUUAAAAACAGAGGUGUCCAGUUAUUGAAAAUGAAUGCACACCCUUGGAAUGCAUUGGCCAACCAGAAUCAAGUAUUUAACACCGCUGUAGUAAAGUUUUCUAUAAAGCAUUUGAUCUUUCUCUAACAACCAUUUGCUUUGUUUCUAUAUUCUUUGGUGGUAUUGUCACUUCAGAGGACUCUAAAGGUCUGAAGCAGCUCAGCUAGCUGAAGGGAGGGCUGGGACUCAGCGUCUCCAGGGGACUGGGGGCGGCUCCUCGACAGACCACGGUCAGCCCUCUGAACUAACGCUCAGUGUUGUUU